GGAAGCUUCCAGCUAGCAGCUUGUGUCCGGUAGAAUAUGUGAACUCCUGAUUGUUUCUGUUAAAAUAACUAUUAUUAUUCCUAACUAAGUUUACAUUGCUCAUUGUGGAGCUCGAAGUUUCCGUUUAGGAACGGCGUCGUUUAGCUGUCAGUCCUGAGAGGGGUCUACUGGUCUUUGUUUACCGUCUGGAUCGUCUCAGCUGGCCGGAGGACUUCAGUAUGGACGGAGAGGCGGACGGCUCGGCUUCGGUGUCUGAGGACAACGGGAGGAGACGCAGGGUGCACGGCAUGCUGAAGCUCUACUACGGCCUAAACGAGGAGGGGAAGGCUGUGGAGCAGCCGGAGUCUCUGGAUCCGUGCGACAUCAAUGGGCCCCAUUUCGACCCGGAGGUCUACCUGAACAAGCUGAGAAGAGAGUGCUCCCUCGCAGAGUUGAUGGACCAGGAGACCUGCAUGGUGAAACAAAUCCGUUCCUUGGACAGCGACAUGCAGACACUGGUAUAUGAAAACUACAACAAGUUCAUAUCUGCUACAGACACCAUUCGAAAGAUGAAGAAUGAUUUCAAGAAGAUGGAAGAUGAAAUGGACUGUCUGUCUGCUAACAUGGCAGCAAUCACUGACUUCAGUGCUCGGAUCAGUGGAACUCUUCAGGACCAACAUACGCAGAUAACAAAACUCUCAGGGGUUCACACUCUGCUAAGGAAGCUGCAAUUUCUGUUUGAACUUCCUGCGAGGCUCAAUAAGUGUCUGGAGCUGCAGGCUUAUUCCCAGGCAGUGAGCUCCCACCGCCGUGCUCGCUGUGUGCUGCAGCAGUACAGCCACCUGCCGUCAUUUAAGGGGAUUCAAGAUGACUGCCAUGCCAUCAUGGACAAGCUGGCGCAGGAACUCCGACAGAAGUUCAGGGAUGGUGGAACAAGUGCCAAAGACCUAUCGGAGUGUGUAGAACUCCUGCUCCAGUUGGAUGAACCAGCAGAAGAGCUCUGUGAUAAAUUCCUGAGCCAUGCCCGGUCACGGCUGGAGUCAGACCUGCAGGGCCUGGAAGCAGAGAUAAGACCGUAUCCAUCCGCCGUCAAAGAUAGUUCUGCGCAGAGGCCGUCCUCCACCGCAGCCGCCGGAUCUCCAGCUGAUAAUUCCCCCAACAGCAGCGUCCUUCCUUCUCCCACCUCCAACACCGACAUCCUGGAGUUUAUCGACAGAGGCUGCAACGAAUUUGUGAGCAGCUUGUGUUUAGUAAUUACGUCUUAUCAAGAACUGUUUAUCAACCACGCUCAAAGCGGUGAACUGGCUUCCAAAAACAUUCCUCAAAUGGCGAACGGUAAGCUCCACGCCUUCGUGGACGACCUGGCUGCCCGUUACUUCUCGCUGGUGGAGCGGAGGAUACAGGAGGAGAAGAGCGUUGGAGACAACUCCCUGCUGGUGCGCGCACUCGACCGCUUCCACCGCAGACUUCAGGCCGUGGCCAAGCUGCUGCCGGGCUCGGACGUGCCCAACAAGGGCACGGAGAUCGUGGUGCGAGCAGCGACAGAGCGAGUCAAGCAGUACCUCUCGGCGCUGCAGAGCUUCUACAUGGACAGCCUGACAGACGUGAGGCAGGCCCUGGCAACCCCCCGGCUCUCUGUUGCCGGCGGCGCCGUGGCGGGAGGAGGGGUUCAUCUCGGGGGGGCGGCCUCCGGCCGAGAUGCCCCAACCAGCCUGCCAGAGCUCCUCUCCUCUCUGUCAGCUUCCAUCCUCAAUCAGAUCAAGUCCGUGUUGGCUUCAGUGCAUCUCUUCACAGCGAAGGACAUUACGUUCUCUAACAAGCCGUACUUCAAGGGUGAAUUCUGCAGCCAGGGAGUGCGCGAGAGUCUGGUCGUGAGCUUCAUCAAGUUUGUGUGCCAGUCUUCUCGCCAGUUUUGCGAGAGUGCUGGAGACAAGGGAGGUUCGACUCCUCCUGCGCUUUUAUUGCUGCUGUCUCGCCUCUGCCUGGACUAUGAAACCUCGACUAUCUCCUACAUACUCACGCUCACAGAUGAACAGUUCCUUGCGCAGCAUCACAGUCCUGUUACACCUGUCACGUCUUUAUGUACUGAAGCCAGGGAGGCUGCACAGAAACUGCUCAACCAUUAUGUGAAGGUUCAGGGACUUAUUAUCUCUCAAAUGCUCAGGAAAAGCGUAGAAACUCGAGACUGGGUUAACACUAUCGAGCCAAGAAACGUCCGUGCAGUGAUGAAGAGGGUCGUUGAGGACACAACCUCAAUUGACGUGCAGGUGGGCCUGUUGUAUGAAGAAGGCGUGAGGAAGGCACACAGCAGCGACUCCAGCAAGAGGACCUUUUCUGUCUACAGCAGCUCCAGGCAGCAGGCCCGCUACGCAGCCAGCUACACUCCCAGCGCUCCCAUGGACACCAAUCUUCUGAGCAACAUCCACAAGCUGUUUUCCGAGAGGAUCGACAUCUUUAGCUCGGUCGAGUUCAACAAGGUGUCUGUGAUGACAGGAAUUAUAAAAAUCAGCUUAAAGACAUUCCUCGAGUGCGUCCGCCUGCGCACCUUUGGCCGAUACGGCCUGCAGCAGAUCCAGGUGGACUGUCACUACCUGCAGAUGUACUUGUGGCGCUUCGUGUCUGAUGAGAACCUGGUGCACUUCCUGCUGGAUGAGAUAGUGGGCAGCUCUGCCCACCGCUGCCUGGACCCUGCCCCGAUGGAGCAGAGUGUGAUCGAGGUCAUCUGUGAGAGGGGUUAAACAUGCAGCACAGGCUGCAAGUAAACAGCAGACACUGGAAUCAUGCUACUAACUCAGACACUUCUUUUAUAUUAACUGAUUAAUGUAUUCUCCCGUGGUCAGCUCAUUCAGUGGAAAUAUUCUACACCUGUUCAUAAAUAUUUAUGAGACAUCUGCAAAAUCCAAAAGAUUAAAAGCAAGAAUGUGGCUGUGGUCAGUCUGCAUUUAGAUUCCUGGAACCAGAAUGAUCCUAACAGAUUUAAUAAUAUAUCAGAGAAUUAAAAGUCUUAAAAUGUGAAAGACUGAACUUCUGUCUGCAGCAAAGGGCUUGCCAGCAAACCCCCAGGUGUUGUAUUUUUUAACUCAUGAAGGAAGUAUGUUAAAUGUGAACAAAAUCAUUAACGGUUAAAUCCAGAACAAUAAAAUCUCAUUAGAAAUACUUUCAUGGGAUGUUUUUUUUUUCUGUGAUCUGAAUGCCUUUUGAUUAUUAAUAUGUGAAAUUAACUACAGCAGGUUUUGCCUUCAGCCUAGAUGAUCCUGUUUUUCUGUGCAUGUGUCCAUCAUUGUCUGUUUCUGUAGAAUUUUGGAUGGCUUCUCUGUAUAUGUCUGAAAUUAAAGUGUAUGAAUGUUUGCC